AUGAUCGCUGGUUUCGACACAACUGCAACUGGAUUAGUCUUUUCAACGUAUGUUUUGGCUACCGAACCUGAAGUUCAGAAAAAACUUCAACAAGAAAUCGAUGAAAAUUGGCAAGAAAAUGAAUCCGAUUAUGAUUCGAUUACGAAUAUGACCUACAUGCAUUUAGUUGUACGCGAAGUAUUUCGCUUAUACAGUUUUGCUGGUAAAGUGAGAAUUCGAGAAUGUAACGAAAAAACUAUUGUUUGUGGUCAUCAGAUAGAGAAAGGUAAGAGGAAAAUAAACUUUUAUUAUUUAGAACCUAGAAUAGAAACAGAUGAAAUGUACUAA